GGAUACCUUGCAAGAUAUCGACAUGAUGGAUAUUAGUGUGUUAGAUGAAGCUGAAAUAGAUAACAGCAGUGCUGUAGACUGUGGAGAAGACUAUAGUCCUGAGAAUAUUCUAGAUUCUCUGUCUGAUAAUAAAGACAACAUUGAAGCAGAAAUGAAAGAAUUUCCAGAUCAGCUUACAGAAAAUGAGGAAGAUUAUGAUGAAAUUGAAAACAAUGUAGAUGCCUCUUCUUCUGUUUUAAUUGAAAUGAAGAAAAUGGAGAAGCUACACUUGGAGCCAGGUACUGUUAAAGAAAAAAUAUUCCUGUCUUUUCAACUAAUACUUUUUAAACCAUUAACUGUUAAAAAACCAAGCAAACAAGCAUAAUUUGUAUUAUUUUUAUGAUGGACAAUCCAGAUCAUGCAGGGUCAUAGAGAUUGGAAACCCAAUCGUAUCCCCAGAUCUGUGAAGUGAUGCUUGUCAUCUUUGAAAUAUUUCCAGUGAAAUGAAAUGGUUAAAAAACCUGUUAAACUACAUAAAUGGUUUUAGAGAAGUUAAUGAUAGUUUAAAAGCUAAAGAUUCUACUUGUAAACAGAUCUUGUGAUAGCACACACACCUUAAUUCUGUUACUAAGUAGAGAGCAGUGAAAGCAAUAAAAAUACAUUGUAGGGUAUUAAAAUGUAAAGAUUAGUUACUGGAUACAGAAGAAAGAAGAGUUUCUUCAUGGAAAUUUCAUACAGAUACUUUUCACUUUCUGGACUGCAAACACAUUCAUGCACCAUCAGAAGAUGCCCA